AUGAAAGAGUCUACCAACCAGAGUCUGAAUCAAGGGGAGUCCUGGUCCUUCGGUCCUGGUCACCUCAAAAUGCACGGUGUACUGCCCUGUAGGAGGAGGUCUGGCGAGAGCUGCAGAGGUGAGGUGAAGUGGAUUCAGACACCUUCCCACCGGGGGCUGAUGUUACUGGGACUGAUGUUGUUGGCGUUUCUUCCCACUGCGGCAACCUUCAAACAGAGUGUGCCCAGAGUCAAACUCAGCUACAAAGAGCUGGUGCAGGGCGGUAGUGUGUCCGUGUUCCUGGGCCCCUCUGAGGGCCUUCAUUCCCACACCUUGCUGUUGGAUGAGGAGAGGGGUCGUCUUCUGCUCGGGGCCAGGGAUCACAUCUUUCUUCUUGACCCUGACAACCUGACCAGAGGCCCCAGAAAGAUCAGUUGGCCGUGUCCGCGGGACAGAGUGGAGACGUGCAAGCUGGCAGGCAAAAAUGCAAACUUGGAGUGUGCUAAUUUUGUCAGGGUGCUCCAUAACUACAACCUCACACAUGUCUACGCCUGUGGGACAGGGGCCUUCCAUCCCAGUUGUGCUUUCAUCGAAAUUACAGGGCACCGAGAGGGCGGCGUGUUCCAGCUGCUGCCGAGCACGGUGGAGUCCGGCAGGCUGAAGUGUCCCUUUGACCCCUGGCAGCCGUUCGCCUCAGUGCUCACAGACCAGUACCUGUAUGCGGGCACGGCAUCAGACUUCCUGGGAAAAGACACCACAUUCACACGCUCCCUAGGCCCGCCGCCUGACCAGCACUACAUACGCACUGACAUCUCCGAGGACUACUGGAUCAACGAGGCGAGGUUCAUAUCUGCUCACCCCAUUUCCGACACCUACAACCCUGACGACGACAAGAUCUACUUUUUCUUCCGCGAGGUGUCACGGGAGGGGAACGACAAGAGCAUUCUGUCUCGUGUGGCUCGUGUCUGCAAGAAUGACGUGGGUGGGCUGAGGAGUCUCACCAACAAAUGGACUACCUUCCUCAAAGCUAGACUGGUGUGCUCCAUCCCCGGACCUGAUGGAGUCGACACACAUUUUGACGAGCUCCAGGACAUAUUUCUGCUUCCAACCAGAGACGAAAAGAACCCCAUGGUGUACGGACUCUUCACCACCUCCAGCUCCAUAUUCCGCGGCUCAGCCGUGUGUGUGUACAGAAUGGCAGACAUAAGGGCGGUGUUCAACGGACCCUAUGCCCACAAGGAGGGGCCAGACCACCGCUGGGUAGAGUAUGAGGGGCGGAUACCUUAUCCACGGCCCGGAACGUGUCCCAGCGAGACGUAUGACCCAAAGAUCAAGACCACCAAAGACUUUCCAGAUGAUGUGGUUAGUUUCAUUCGCUUUCACCCGUUGAUGUACGGGUCAGUUUAUCCUCUGACUGGCCAGCCUGUGUUCACUCGGGUCCGAGUGGACUACACCCUGACUCAAAUAGUCGUGGACCGAGUCACCGCGGAGGACGGACAGUAUGAGGUCAUGUUUCUUGGAACAGAUGCUGGCUCAGUUCUAAAGGUGGUGAGCAUCACUCAAGAGAAUUGGUCCACAGAGGAAGUGGUCCUGGAAGAACUCCAAGUAUUCCAGAUUCCAACUCCCAUUCUGAGUAUGGAGAUUUCCUCCAAACAGCAACAGCUGUACCUGGGUUCCAACGAAGGGAUAGCCCAGGUGUCUCUCAGUCGGUGUCACCUGUACGGCCAGGCUUGUGCCGAAUGCUGCCUGGCACGAGACCCCUACUGCGCCUGGGAUGGACACUCCUGCUCACGAUACAUCCCUGCAUCUAAGAGGCGGGCCAGGAGGCAGGACAUCAAACAUGGAGACCCUUCCAGUCAGUGCUGGGACACAGAAGACAGUCGUCAUGGCGGUCGGGUGGAGGAGAGGCUUCUAUUUGGGGUGAAGAGCAACUCCACUUUCCUAGAAUGCAUCCCUAAAUCUCAACAGGCCCAGAUUCGUUGGUACCUUCAGAGACAUGGAUCUGAACUCAAGGAGGAGGUCAGACAAGAUGACCGCGUUGUCCACACUGGUCGGGGUCUCCUGAUUCGGUCCCUCCACCCCUCCGAUGCUGGCGUGUACAUCUGUGUAGCUCAAGAGCACACGCACUUCACACACACUCUUCUCCGUCUCACGCUGCGUCUUGUCACACACGGGCAACUGGAAGGACGGCCCAAGCCCAGCGAGGACCCCGCGGUGGAGCUGCGCCACGGGGCCGAGUCUCGCCAGCGCUAUAAAGACUACCUGAGGGUGAUGAGCGCUCCUAUCCUCUCUCUGGAGGAGCACUGCGAUUCACUGUGGCUGGAAAAGAAGCCCUCUAGGGGGCGAGGGAGAGGUGUGGGGCUAGGGAAGUGGAAGCACAUCCAAGAAAUGAAGAAGAGCAGGAACAGGAGACACCAAAGAGAGAGGAAGGAAGCGAAGAAAAGCGAGGGGGGAGGGAGGCGAGCCACAAAAACCCGAAAACCAGCGUUCACAGUGGUGCAGCAUGACGGACUCUACAGUACGGUGUAA